CUAUAUAUAUAUUCAUGGCUGCAAGCAUUUAGAACCAACACAAAAUCAUUCACAACCCAAAGCAUUUGAAAUUCAGAAACAUUCUUCUUAUACACAAGUCUUUCAUUUUUAGACCAGUAUCUUCUUUUUACAAGAAAUACAAGAAUGGGUUUUCGUUUACCUACUAUCAUAAGAAGGGCAACAUCUUCAAAAAGUGUGGAUGUGCCAAAAGGCUAUCUUGCGGUAUAUGUAGGAGAGAAAAUGAAGCGGUUUGUGAUUCCUGUAUCAUACUUGGACCAAACAUGGUUUCAAGAAUUAUUGUGCCAAGCUGAGGAACAAUUCGGAUAUGAUCAUCCUAUGGGUGGUCUAACUAUUCCAUGUGGAGAAGAUUUGUUCUUAGAUAUCACUUCUCGCUUGAAUACUUGCUAAAUCCAUUUGUGGAAGUAGCUGACAGAUUAUUUAAGACAAUUUUGUACAGCAGGCACUUGAGUAUAGUUAUGGACAGUGAGAGUAGAACUUGUGUAGGACAAUUUUCAAUGAAUUUAUGUAGUAAACUUUUUUACCAAAAUAUAAUACAAAGAGACAGAGAUCUAUGUUCAUUAUUUUA